AUGUCAGUGAGCCAAAAUAAUAACCGCAUUUACAGGCCCGGUCCAUCCUGGUAUGACUCCUACCGCCGCUUUAUCCAUCGCUGUGCGGAUCGUAUCCGAUUGACAGACUAUCCGGUGGUGACUCAACUCAUGGCAGAGACUCUUGCCACCAUAGCCCUUAUUUUCUACGGCGAUGGAUCAGUAGCUCAAAAGUUCUUCUUUUCCUCAAGCUUCCUUGAAAUCAGCCUCGGUUGGGGUGCUGCGGUUGCGAUAGGAAUCGUUGUUGCCGGUGGCAAAGCUUCUCCAGCCUUCAUGAAUCCAGCAGUAGCAGUGGCUAACGCGGUCACAGCCCAUCUACGCUGGUCCCUUCUGCCACUCUACAUUGUGCUCGAAGUUGUGGGCGCUUUCCUUGGAGCUGCGUUGCUACUAGCAGUGUACAAUGAAAACUUGCUUCGAUACGUUACAGAGAAUGACGGCGGGAAUUUCUAUGUCAACUCAACCGGCGGCAUCUUUGUGGCCGGAAAAGGCUCCUCUGUCAAAACUGCAGUAGUUGAUCAGAUACUUACCACCGCUUUACUGAUGUUUGGCUUACUGGCGGUGGGUGACAAUCGUCUCGUCAAGAAGUCAGACAAAUUCGCACCAAUGCUGGCGGGAAUGGUCGUUUACAUGGCUGUUGGCACCUACACGGCUAAUGCAAGCUCUGCGUUGAAUCCGGCCCGUGAUUUGGGUCCUCGUAUUCUUCUGCUUGUGUCCUACUGGGGCAUGAGUGCAUUCACGAUCGACAACUACUACUUCUGGGUGCCAGCUCUGAUGCCGAUUGUUGGAGCCGUUCUUGGCGUCAUCGUCUACCAGCUAUUAAUCGGGCUCCACGCAUCCGCCAGUGAGGAACACUCCACGGACGAGGAUGAAGAUACCGAGGCGGACAAGUUUGAAUUAAGCAGUGAGAACCUGAAAGGAGAUUUGACCGUCUACCUAACCGAUUUAAGCGAGGCAAAGUGA